AUGAAUCGUUUUGGUGAUAUCGAGGCUUCAUUUAACGAACUUCCACCUGUUUAUGGUUAUCAUGCUGAAAAGCUUGUUUCACUCGAAAAAGCACUAGAGCCUAUCGAAUCCCAAAUUGAUGAACUGCCUCGUUUUAUAAACAUAGCUAAACGAGAUGCCCAUUUUCCGUCAGAACAUGGACUAACACAUGAUCAAUCAGCUGCAGUUUAUAUCUAUACAAUGGAAUGGAGUGAUACUACUUUGUAUCGUGUAUUGAAUAAAGCAUUACGGUCCAAAAAUCGGCUAGCACUAAAAAUAUGGUUUCCAUACUUAAAACUAUUUGAUACAGCAUUGAAUAAGUUACCUACUGUUAAAGAUGUAGUAUGGAGAGGUGUACCUCUUGAUAUUGGCAAGCACUUCAUCAAAAACCAAAUUUUCACGUGGUGGAGUAUUAAUUCAUGUUCUUCAUCAGUCAAAAUUAUUGAAAGUUUCAUUGGCAACAAUAAAAAUGCAACUUUUUUUUUAAUUGAAGCUGUUAAAGGAAAAAAUAUUUCUGGCUAUACAGAAUACAAAAAUGAAGAUGAAAUUAUUUUACGAAUGGGCUCGCAAUUUCGCGUGAAGAGCGAUGUUUUAAAGCAAUCGAAUGGUUCACUUCUUGUACAUUUGAUUGAACUUGAUAACAAUGAUGAUCAAUCAUUAGCAUCAACUAUGAAUAAAAUGGAACUAGCUUCAGAGUCAUCGAAUACAAAUACUUCUGUGAUUCCCAAUAUUCCAGCCAAUGCUCGAUGGACGCGGUAUGGAGUAACCGUUGCUGGAGGCCAUGGAUAUGGUAGUGCCACCAAUCAACUCUGGGGUCCUCAUGGUCUUUUUGUUGAUGAUGAUCAAACGAUAGUCAUCGCUGACACAUAUAACCAUCGUAUCGUUCAAUGGAGGGCAGGUGAGACGAAUGGACAAGUAGUAGCUGGUGGCCAUGGCAAAGGAAAUCGAUUGGAUCAAUUAAAUGAACCAACUGAUGUGAUGAUCGACAAAGAGACAGAUAGUCUCAUUAUUUGUGAUCGAGAGAAUCGACGAGUAGUACGAUGGUCUCGUCGUAGUGGUACAGCUCAUGGAGAAGUUCUCAUCCAUCAUGUCAAGUGUUGGGGAUUGGCUAUGGAUGAUCAGAGAUAUCUUUACAUCUCCGACUACGAGAAAGAUGAAGUAAGACGAUAUGAAAAAGGUGACCGGAAUGGAAUCGUCGUUGCAGGUGGCAAUGGUAUAGGUAGUGGUCUCAAUCAACUCAAUGGUCCGACUUACCUAUUUGUUGAUAAACAACAGAGUGUCUACGUGUCCGAUAGGAGCAAUGAUCGUGUGAUGAAAUGGGAGAAAGGUGCAACUGAAGGAAUUGUCGUCGCUGGGCAUCAAGGUCAAGGAAGUGGUCUGACACAAUUGUCGUAUCCUAACGGAAUUUUCGUCAAUGCUUGGGGUACUGUCUGCGUAGCAGACACAUGGAAUAAUCGAGUGAUGGGUUGGUCCCAAGCAGCGACACAAGGUACAAUUAUUGUGGGUGGACAUGGUGCAGGAGCAAAAGCAAAUCAAUUUCACGGUCCCAUGGCUAUUAUAGCCAGUGAUCUAUUUUUAUAUUGUAAAAAAUAUCCAUAUGAUAAUUCCAGUCUUGCAUCUCAAUAUCCAACGAAAGAUUUACUUACAGAAAUGCUCGACCAAUUUGUUCAUCAUGUUUUUAAUCAAGAAUGGAAACCAAACAUGGUUCUAGUUCUUGUAGCUGGUGCAACACGAUCUAAGCAUACAGGUAAAAAUUUAGGCGCUCAAUUACGUCGGCAUGUUUGCCAUCAUGCACGAAAUAUAAAAAGUUUUCAAUAUGCAUUUAUACAAACAUGUAAUCCAGCAACAUGUCACAUCUAUAUUAAAAAAAUGAAUGAAAAAGAAACGAGAAUUGUUGAUCCCGCCACUUGGAUAUGGAAAAAGAAAAAUAAUGGUUUAUCUUGUCCAUUUAAAGAUUAUAAUGAUGAACCAGUUGUCAAUAUUCUUGUCGAUUUGACUGAAAAAAAUAGCAUAGGCGAAGAUUAG